AUGACCAAGACCAUCGCAGACGCAGAGAAUAUUUACACUAGAGCUGUGACAUACGAAGUAGAGAACGAGUGGAAUAACGCGUUCAAGUUAUACCUUGAAGCAGCUGAAGCGUUUCUUCAUAUCAGCCGCAGUUCCGAUUCAAGAUACAGGAACAACGCUGCCAAGGCGCUCGAAAGAGCAGAGAAGAUCAGACAAUACAAGUCAGAUCUCGCCCCCAUUUCAAUAGAUCAAUUCUCAAAACGCGAACCAAUCGACGUCAUUCCUACUGCAUCACUAACUUCCCUCGUUCUCCUUCCAAGCGAUAUCAUCCAGACAAUCGUCAACGAUUGCUCAGUAUGCGCUUCAAUUGCAGUUUGCAUACAACAUCACCUCCGCUUCAAAUCAAACCUACUACUCUCCUCCUUGUACCCUUCCAUUCACGACGGCAGAUAUGACCUCAAAGUCCUCGUCAAUGGUGAUUUCCGUCGCGUAAUCAUCGACGACCGUCUCCCCUUUGACCACAACAACAAUCUCCUCGGAGUAUCCACCGGCCCAAAGAACCAACUCUGGCCCUCAUUCGUAGAAAAGGCCUACAUGAAACUCAUGGGCGGAUACGAUUUCCUCGGCUCAAACUCUGCCAUAGACCUCCACGUCCUCACCGGCUGGAUUCCAGAGCACAUAGAUCUACAAAGCGCAUCCUUUGAACGCGAACGAACCUGGUCCCGCAUCAUCACCGGCUUUCCAAAAGGCGAUUGCAUCAUGACCGUCGGCACAAACGACAAAACAGCGCUCAAGAUCGACAACGUCAAUCUCCUCCCCUCACACGACUACGCAGUUACAGACAUCAGAGAAUCUCAUGACGAGCGCUGGGUCACGCUUCUCGACUCGCGUAUAUGCACACCGUCGUGCGAGUGUGAUAGUAGUGCAUGUCCUAGGGUUCUUGAUAUGCGCUGGGACGAUAUAUGCGCGACUUUCGAAGGGUUAUACAUCAGCUGGACACCCAGCCUCUUCAACAACACCAUCGCUUUCCACGGAUCAUGGCAGCCCGAAAACUCGGAAGAUAUACCACGAGCUUCAACCCACCACCUCCGCCUCAACUACCAAAAAGACCCAUCAGACGCUAACGAAAUCGAAAUCUGGGUCCUCCUCACGCGGCAUCUCCGCGAUACGCGCCGAACGAGCGAAUACAUCGCGCUUAGUGUGCAAGAGGAUGAUACGAUUUUUGGGAAUCCGGAAGACGUCGCACUCAAGAGCAACUACACAAACAGCACACACGUCCUCUCGCGCAUCAAACUCUCCCAAAACCAGACCUCAGGCUCCCUCUAUUUAUUAGCAUGCUACGACGGCCAGUUUGAGGAGGUUGGGUUCACGAUCACUGCUUAUUCUUAUUCUUCUAUCGCUAUUUCGUGGGAUACUGUCGUCCCUCCACCUCGUUAUACGCACAAGAUCGACGGGACGUUGACUAGUAAAACUGCCGGGGGGAACUGUACGCAUCCGACGUAUAUGGUGAACCCGCAAUAUCACCUCCGACUGCAUAACGCCAGCCCCAGCCCCAGUACCUGUAAACGCCACAGCGCGAACGCGAACACGAACAGUAAAACCCAAGUCAUACUCACCGCACAUAGUACCAGGGAUAUUUCCUUGAACGUUACUGCUGUAUGGUCUCAAGGCGAACGCAUAUCAGAAUUGACUCAGAAAGAAGUAGUAGCUCAUUCAGGACCUUACACAUACGGGCAUGCACGCGCCGCUGCUCAUCUUGCUGCUGGCGACUACACAAUCAUACUAUCAGCCUUCGAACCAGACCAGACGGGGAAAUUCACGCUCAAAGUGGAGAGUCCAUCUCGGUUUGAGAUCAAGCCGAUACUGCAGGAGGGUGCGGGGAUGUAUGCCAAGACUGUUCGUGGGGAGUGGAAUUCGACGACAGCUGCAGGGGCUCCCAGUCAAAAUCGGUAUCACCGCAAUCCAGUCUAUGAGUUUAACAUCCCAUGCGCUUCUGAAUUUGGCGCCCGUCUCCAACUCCUCCACCGCGCCCCAGGCGUAUCCACCAACCUCUCCCUAUUCCCUAGCUCAAGCUCAAACCUCCAACGACCCAUCACAUCCUCCGGACCCUACUCCGACGCACUCUCAGGCGUAGAUAUUCCCAAGCGGCCUUUGGCGGCGGGAAAGUAUUACCUCGUGCCUUCGACGUACCAUCCUGGGGUGCAGGCUCAGUUUAGGGUUAUCAUUUAUAGCACUGUUUCAGGGAUCGAGGUUUCUUUGCGGUAA